AUGUCUCUAACUGUCACACUGGGAAAUUCCGAGGAAUCAUUACUAGAGGUCACCACUAACCAAGCAACUACCAACGACGCGGAGAACGAUCACCCAGACAUAAACGGUCAAGGUAAUGAUGGCAGCGAAGAGUUGUUACGAGAAGGUUCGGAAUCCAGUCAUAACCCCGAUUCAGACUCUAAUGGCAAAGUACAGGAGAAGAGACUAUCAAAUGAUACGGGAUUUUCUCAGCACACCAGCGAAACUCAAUCGCUUUCUUUCUUCGUUGCGCCUUAUUACUUUGCAACAGAUUAUCUUUCCGACGAAAGCAAUUCGGAGGAUGACAAUAUAACGCAAGCUUUAAAACGUGAGCGUAAAACAAUAUUUCAACGUCUCAUGGUUAUCGAAACACAGUUCUCGAUUAUCAAAGAACGGGUUUAUGCUGCAAAAGAGGCUUUGUUAGAAAAGGAACAUCAAGAAAUUCAAUCAGGUACACACGCUAGAUUCGCAGACGAAUACAAACGGAUAGAAGAGGUCCGUAGGAGGCGUCUGAGAAUCGCAGAGGAACGUCGGAAGCGACGAUCUUUGUUAGCGCAGGCAAAUUUCGAGGCGCAACAUAAGCAAGUAUUGGAUGAAUUCAUGGCCGCACGGAGAUCAUUGCGAAUGAGCAUGAUUGAAGAAAGACAAGCAAAAAUAAUAAGAUUACAUAAGGAAUAUGCAGAGAGAUAUCAAGGAAUAGACCAUAAGGAUAGAGACUUACUCUUAAGAGUGAUGGAAGAGGAAAAUCCACAGAGGAUAAGGCCUAUACACAAGAAAAAUCUGCCACGAACGCUUUCGAAGAGAGCCGCAGAUCGAAAUAAUGUUUUCCCGAGGUCGAUAACGUCAAUAAAUUCAAUAUCGCCAUGGCUAAGUCCAAACGGACAAACAAAGACAAUAACAUUUGAUAUCCUUGUUUGUGUGUGA